CUGUAAUUAAUAACAGGUUGGCCUUCAGAGUUUAUUCAGGAAAAUUUAGAAAGUUGGAAGUAAAAAUCGAUUCUCAAGGCUAACUACAUAGUUUGAUAAUCUUCAUUAAUUAUGAAAGCGCAAAAGUGGACGAGGACAUUUGCUCCGAAAUUGUACUGGAUUGAUGAACAAUUUGAAACAGAAUUUCAGUCAAACAAUGUACCAGAUGGAAAACUUACUGAUAAUAUUGACAAUAUUUAUCAUCAACUUAUCUGAGUGAGCCUCAAUCGCGAUAAGCUUGGAUUUCAGACUAUAUUAUGUUCCUAGAAAUUGUUUGAAGUGUUAAUCUACUAAUAUGCAUUUACUCAUCGUCUCUGAUCCCAAAACAAUCACCAUAGACUAACCAAUCAUUGAUAAAGUAAUUGUGACUUCAAGGAUAGUAAGAAGAAACAUCUUUAAUCUUCUCACUAUCGACUUUCUACAUUCAGCUCACUCGUUUACUUUGGUUUUGCUUCUCCCAGUAUCACCUUUCUGCAACUUUUGACUCAUCUUGUUUUUGUUUAGUGGCUAUUUUUUUGUUUAGUUUCUCCCUACAAUCACUUCCAUCCAAACCAUUUUCCAUAUUAGUUUGUGUCUAAUUAGUGUCUUGUUUUGUAAUUUUGUGCCAAUAAAUUGGUUAAUGUGUACAACAUUUGCUGGUUACCCUGGUUUAUGGUUGCAUCAUUUACUUUUUGUUUAACCCUCUCUGUUUCCCACUCUCAGCUUUUGUACAGAAAUGAGUCAAAAAGAUGUUAUUUCCUGUGAUUUUGUUUGUGAAUGGUUUGAUUUUCUUCGUACCUGGAUUUCAAGUGAAUCCGAUAACCAUGACGAGAAUAGGAUUACUGAAGGAAAAUGCCUACCUGGAUAUGAAAAUAUAAAUGACUCUGAGGAGGAGGAUAUAAAUGCCCAGCCGAAAACAAAUGUUACAUGUUGCAACUGUGAUGAAAAUUUCUUAUUUUUCGGUACCAGCACUGGUUGGAUAUAUUGUUUCUCUAGAGGUGGUAGACAGGCUAAAGGUCCUUUAUACGAGCAUCAUCCAGUUAACUGCCAAAUUAUUGGAAUCCAAAUUCCCGAUGAAAACGUUGUAUCCCUUUUACUGCCUCAUGGUUUCAUUUUGUUUAAUUUUGUUCAAAACGAAAUAAUCUACUCUUGGUCCUUACAAAGGUUCGAUUGCCAGCAUCCUCAAUCACCUGACAAUUGUCCGUCUAUGAUUACUUCAAAAUGUAUUUAUGAUGAAAGUCGACAUCGAUAUAAUGUUUUCACCGGAGAUUCUGUUGGUACAGUCCGUUGUCAUAAUGUGAUUGAAGACGAAACAGUGACUAUAUUCAGUGAAGAGAACAAUCAAUGUAUAGAGAAUGUAAAUAGAGAUGACAAUUCCGAUAGUUCUCAGUCGACUCAUUAUCAUCAAAUUGUUCAAAUAGAUGUUUACAGUCCAGAUUUACUAGUAGUAUCAACUUGUUUCAGAUCAGUUAUUCUUUGGAAAAGUAUUUCUGAUUCCUGGACAGCUAUUCAAGUUGGACUUAAUGUAAGGAAAGUCUGCGGUCAAUAUGGUGCCAUAUUUCAUAGAGAGGGAAAUACCAUUCUUGCUUCUCGUCCUUCUAUGCAUUUAAUUAAAGCAAAUACCACUGAUGGAAGUGUUGUUGAAACAUUCAAACUUAAAAGUGCCAAACCAGUGAAAAAUUUGAAUCUCUUCAGAGAAGUAAAUAAACCUGGAGAAAGAAAGUCAACAUCAGCCGUGCCUAUUAAUCUACAAAAUACCCCUAAUGUAUUCAGUUUGGGAUUUCUACUGCCUUUACAAAUCAAUAACGAAGAUUAUAUUUGCUCCUGGAAUUCCCAUUCAUUGCUCAUUAUUAAACUGGACGGAACUUUACUUGUUAAGGAAUAUUCAUCCAUCAAGAUAAUCACUGUUAAUGUGUCUUAUUGUAAAGGGUUUCGAGAUGUAAUUAUUUUACGUGAGGACUGGACUAUAUUUCGUAUACGUUUUAUUGUUAAAAAUUACAAGGCAAGAACUUCCGAUUAUGGAAUUGGCGAAGUACUUAAAGGUACACUUGGCAACCAAAAUCUUCUCAAUCUACCUAGUCAGGCUUUUAAUUCAUUGGAAGGAGAAAUAAAAAAGAUUUAUACCAUCAUGCAGGAUAAAAUUUAUGAAGGAGGAGAGAAACUUUUGACGUACACUUCAUUUGAUAGUCUUAACGUUCUUCGACGAAAUAGCUCAAUGGAUAACCAGCUGAAUCAAAAGAACGACACAUCGGAAUCGCCCUCUCUCGAUCAAACAACUGAUUGUGAUAAUGAUGAAAUCCUGAGUGUUCCAACAAGUCCCCUAUACAUUCAUCAAAGAAUUUUGAGAAAAAACUCGGCAAAUUCAAAAUCUGUUACAGAUUCUGAAAAAUCCGAAGAAGAUGUACUUUUUACUGUAAGCCAAACACGCCUGUCAAAUUCAUUCGACGUUGACCCAACAAGAUCAAAUUUAUCCAAUUCUAACUCAAUAGAAGAUUCUCACGAUAAAAACGAUAGAACCUAUUCUGAUUCUGAUGUUGAUAUUGCUGAUGUCAAUGAGAAUAUAGAAAAUAUGGAACCCCAGGAAUGUUCAGCUGAUAAUGCGUGCAUUAAAGAUCAAAUCCCAACACAAUCUAACAAUUCUAUCAACCUUGAUGGGUUAGAGCUUGUUAAAAAGUUUCAUGAAUAUAGCUCUUCCAAUUAUGCAUCAGAUGUUAAAUCGACGAUGAUCCGUGAUGGGGUGAAUAUUUUCAAAAACAUUGAAAUUUUAGAUAAAGACCAAACUCCAGACUAUAUUCCAUCAAUUAUUGAAGAGAGAUUGCAACUUUCAAGUGCAUCGAGAUCUAAGUCACGCUGCAGCUCAAUAGAUGAUCGAGUAAGAAGCUAUGAAUAUACAGAAGAAUCAACUCCAAUAGAACCCGACGAAAUAGUCUGUAUUCCAGUUCAAGAGCAAAGACCUGUUAAAGAUGUUGAAUGGCAACUUGCUAUCGAAAGUACGCACAACUCUGGUCAGUUGGUUAUUAAAUAUUUCUGUGCGUCUGCAUAUUCUGAUCUAGAGUCGAAUUCAUAUGUUUGGUUAUUUUGUGUCUCUAAAAAUCGAUCAAAGCUGGUUUACUAUCCAGAUUUUGAAUCACUUCGUCUUCCUCCUGGCAAUAACAAAAGAUUUAUCAUGGGUGCAAUCAAGAAUAGAAUUUAUAUUUUUAAUGAAGACAAUGAACUUUGGACGCGUGAGGGUGUAGAUGAAUCUGGAUUAGCAAUUGUCCCAUUAGGCUCACUAGGCACUAAAUGGACUAACGUUCUUUUGCCUAAAUUGCCUUCAAUCCGAUUUACGAAUUUAUCCUUGUGCUCGACUGACUUUAUUGGCUGGCUUUCUGAUGAAAAUGGUGAUGUUUGGCUUACCAAACUUGAAACUAAUUCUUGGACCAAGCUUCCUCACGACCCUGAUAAUAAGUUUCAUGUUAAAGAAGUUCAAGUCUGCCCAGUUGAUUCUUCUCUGGUUUGGUGUAUUGACUCAUUAAACAGACUAUUUGUUCGAGCUGGAAUAUUCAACACGAGAGGAGACGAAGACGAACAUAUCGGUGGAAUGGCCUGGUUACCUGUUCAUGCUCCGGUCGAAGUAAAAUCACUUGCAGUCUCUUCAAAAAGUGUUUGGAUUCUGAGUAAACAAGGUAAUCGACUCUUCAAAAGAAUAGGAAUCCAACCUCCAUCCAGUUAUGUGGGUACUGAUUGGCAAGAAAUAAAGGCACCAACUCUAUUAAAAGAUUCCCUAAAAGCCAUUUCAGCAUCAUUAAAUGGUGACAUUUGGCUGUUAACAGAACUAGGAUCCAUUUGGCAAGUCUGUGAUCUAUGAAGAAAGAUAUCUAUAGAUAUGAAUUAUUUUUUCAUUAUCAACUUAUUGUAUUGUGAUUUUUUCACUCCAUUCGUCCAGAUUAUGGCAUGUUUAUAUUGCUUUUCACUUGGAAAAUUAUUUGUACAAAUAUAAAAGGUUCUGAUUAGCCUCUAAUUAUUGAUUCAAUCCAUUAGAAUAUGUAUUUUCAUAAAUUGAUGAUCUUGAUCUCGUGUUAAAAUGUUUAUCUUUUUUGCUAUUUUUCAUCAAAAAUUUCCCUGCUCUUUCCAUGUACUUACUUGCUAGUAUUAUAUUUUGUAAUAUUGACAGAUAGUGAUAAAAUAACUAUCUUGCGUCAAGAAAUAAAGAAAAUUAUAUUCUGUUUACCAAAUCAUCUAACCAAAUAA